UUGAGAGUGAGAGAGAAGAGAGAGAGGAGAGGAGAGAGAGAGAGAGAGAGAGAGUAAAAAACUAAAAGAAACGAGUAGGAAAGAGGGUUGAAACAAGGCGAUACCCACCAUGAACACUUGUCCCUCACAUCUUCCACCUUCUUCUUCUUCUGGGUCGAUUGUGUUCUGCUCUUUAGACUGAAGAAAGAAAGAGAGGGAAAAUCCCAGAUGCUCUUCGAAUGGGGAAGGGUGAAGCAAAUCUACACCAGCAGCAGCAGAGUGACGGGGGUCAGAAUGCUUCGGGACUCAUCUGUCCUGGGUGUUCGACGGUUUUCAACCGAAUCGCCAAAGGCUUGAGCUUUAGAUGCGUCUUCGUUUUAAUUCUCAGUUUGUCAGUUUUUCUCUCUGGGAUCUUCUGGAUCCUUCCUCACCAUGCUACCAACUCUGGGUUUGAUGCUACACGGGCAAUUAAGCUCAGCGCCACAGUUCAGGCAUACUUCAGAUUGGAAAAGCCAGUUACGGACCUUGUUCCACACAUUGGAAGAUUAGAAUAUGAUAUCAAUGGGGAAAUAGGUGUCCCAGGUACAAAGGUGGCUAUCUUGUCUAUGCACCAAUUUCAUGCAUAUAAUUGGACUGAAGUGGUGUUUGGUUUUCUUUCCGAUCCAAUAAAUGUUCCAAUAGCUCCUGUGUCCUUAAGUGUGCUGAGGUCAUCUUUAGUUGAGCUUUUCCUUAAGCAAUCCAAUCUUACACUGACAACAUCAAUUUUCGGGCAGCCAUCUACAUUGGAGAUUCUGAAGUAUCCGGGGGGAGUUACUGUGAUUCCUGGUCAACCUGCUUCAAUCUGGCAGUUACCCCUGAUUUUAUUUAAUUUUACUCUCAAUAACUGUAUAGAUGAUAUAGUGGAAAAUUUUGGCGAGUUAAAGCAGCAGUUGAAGUUUGGAUUGCACCUAAGGCCUUAUGAGAAUGUAUUUUUGCAAAUAACAAACACAAUGGGUUCAACAACAGCAGCCCCAGUUGUAGUUCAAGCUUCUCUAAUGUCUGAGUUUGGAGGCUUUGUGCCCCAGAGAUUAAGGCAGUUGGCUCAAACAAUCACAGGCUCUCCUGCAAAGAAUCUUGGCCUGGAUAACUCAGUCUUUGGUAAAGUUAAAAGUAUCAGUUUAUCUUCUUGUCUGAAAGAUACACUCUCCGCAACCCCUCCAACUGCUUCUCCAGCUCCAUCUCCAGAGCCAUCAAUUUCUCCCUAUUUUGCUUCUCCAGUUUACGCUCCAGCACCCUCACCUGACAUUGAUCAUCUCUCACCGGCACCAUCCAAGGUACCUGCACAUUCUCGUCCAUGUCCGCUUGAAGGUUCUAGAAUUCCUCCAUCGUCCUCGCCAACUUCUCGUUCUUACCCUACUGUUCCUCCUACAUAUCCUCCUAGAUUUCCACCAUCCUCCUCACCACCUUCAUCUCAAUUGUCCCCACAUGUUCCACCUGCUCCCGAAGUGUCUUAUGCUCCCAGUCCAGAAGACAAGGAAAGUGCACAAGACUUGACGUCUUCAUCACCUGGCCCAUCCCUGUCGUCUUUAGCAGUAGGACCUUGGAACAAGGAGAUCCGGUUAUUGGAACUUUCAGGAGUCUUCAUCUUUCUUCUCUUUUGUUGGUCACGGUGAUCGUUCCUUUCUCUUCAAGAAAAUAUGCAAGGCGUACACAUCACAACGGUAUAGUUUUGUUUUUGGCGUGAAUGGUGGAGUGUCAAAGUGAAAAGGUGGCAGGUUCCUUAUGCAACACAUAUACAAGUGAAUUAGGAGAAGAUUGCAGGUCAAAGCCAAACGGUGGCAGGCCUCUCAUCUCCCUUGUGCAUUUGUGAGGUCGCGAUGACGGGAUGUUCUUUCCGAAGGGAAGCCUCCUUGAGAUAGUGUGACCAGUUGAAGCAUAACCUUGCAGGAGUUUCACGAAAAGAACCCUACCUUUUAUCAAAUCAACUGUAAAAUAUGCAGGCUCUUUUUCGAGCAUCCGCGACGCGGGCAAAGAAAAAAUUGUUACAGAGAAAAAAAAAAUUGUAUACCAUAUACUUGUGUCUUUAAAAAGAGAGAAAGAAACACAGUGAAUCACUGAGGAGGUGCCCCCUAA